AUGGAACACCAUGUACCGCUGGAUAACACCACUUCAGAAUUGCAUAGUAUAAAAGGAAUGACACAGAAGAAUGUUGCAGAAAAGGUUUUGCAUCAAAAACUUCAAAACCAGAUUGAUAAACAAAAGAAGGCAUUUGUAAAGCAGCACUCAAAGGAUGAAAACGAACUGAAACUGAUUCUACAGAGACUACAACUUGAGCAACAACUAAUUGAUACUGAUGUCAAUGAUCUAUCAGGUUCAAAACAGUGCCUCAAAAUGCCAAGGAGGAAAUCUUUAGAAUACGAAGAUGUUGACAAGAUCAAAUCAUCUACAUCUGGUAUACGUACAACACUACUUGCUGCAUCAUUCAUUUCUAAACUUCGUUCUUCUCAGCACAAGCGACCAAAUGAUGGCGGCGACGACACUUAUUGCGACCAAUGGGAAUCAACUUCAUCAAUCCGUCGACCUCGAAAAACAAUUGCAGAACAAAAUCAGCAUAAGCUAUUGCAACGAGCGAAAAGUGAAAUUCUCUGUCGACCUAGUUCUGGUCUUUCUUUAUCUGUAUCUUCUAUGCAGUCACCGAGACGAAUCGAUUCUUCUAAAUAUGGUCCUCUAUCUUGUAAAAAGGAUGUUACAAAUUUCUGCAAUCUGCAAUACGAGGGUACAGUUGAAGAUGACAACAUAUCACCGCGUGCUAUUGGACGGUCUAAACACAGAAGAGGCGGGUCAUUAAAAGAAAGAAAAACAGCCAAGACAGACAUGGACUCUUCCAUAAUGAGACGAAGUAAUUCGUCUAAAGAAAAAAAGAAACAUGUCCGUCCAGAGAUAGGUGACGGAAAAUGUAAUGAAAAACAUGUAUUAGAUACAGAGAAACUUGUAAAACUAAAAGAACCUAUGUCAGAAAAAGUAAGUUUAGAAGAUGAAAGAAAAACAGUACUGAAAGUUAAACAUAACAGACAUGGAUCUUUGAAAGAAAGAGGGGAAUUAAAAGCGUCAAAGUUUGGAGGAACAAGGAACAUUUCUAAUGUCCGGGUAGUAUCCGAAACCUUUCAUAGCACUAAGAAGAAAUUUAGGAAGCAGAAAUCUCUUUCUACAGAUUCUUCACCUAUAAACUCAACAGCAACAAGUCCAACAUCAAAAGAAAACGAAAAACAUUUCAGGUUCUGAUUAUUCUUUAUAAUUUUGUUUUUAUCAUUCUUAUAAUGUCCUUAUAUCUUAAAUAAUACAGAAUUUUUUUUUUGUAUAUUGAUAUUUGACAUAAUUCUUCAGUCAUUUGUAAAUUACUUACCUGAUAACGAUGCCAUAUUUCAUGUUUUCGGCUGUUAACUCAUGUAGUUAUAAUUUAAUCAGUUCAAGGUUAAUGUAACCCGGACUGAACAGUGUAUGUGACAUUUAUUGCAUUUGUUUAAGGAAGUUCAUGUAUGUCUAAUAAAAAUAUAUUAUUAAUAUUAAAAAUGAUACACAUGCACCUUGCUGUGUUUAACAUUGUCUUGAAUGUUAAUCUCGUUAGAUGAGAUGGGAAUUCCAUGAACUUCUAUACUAUUAAAUGAGAAGACCUCAUUUUGUGUGUCGCUUCUCUUCCUUACACAAUAAAUUAAUCAUCAUGCCUCUGUAUCCUAUAGGUACCAUGCAUAGUCGCAUUUGUCAUCCUCGCUUAUGAUUAUUCAGUUUGGGUUAUUUUGAAAGAAAAACGAAAAUAAAGGCGUCCGGAUAUUGUUUCCGUCAUCGGACGGACUUUUAAGUCAUAGACAAGACUUCCGUUUAAGGACUGUUUUAAAAUUACACAUAAUUUUCAUAAGUACUUGUGGACAGGACAAUUAUUUUCGCGUUUUUCUGUACACUAUGAUAAUACAUAUACUACGAAUUAGGUGUAUUUGCCAUUUACUAUCAAUUCCAAGGUUACUUUCCACGGCGGUCACUGAUAUAUUAUAUAGAGAUAAAAUUGAGAAUGGAAUGAGAGUCUCUAUAUAAAUAAACUCAUCAUAGAUACCAGGAUUGAAAUUUUGUAUUUGCGCCAGGCGUGCGUUUCGUCUACAAAAGACUCAUCAGCGACGCUCGAAUCAAAUAGUUUAUCAGUGACUGCCGUGGAUAGUAAACUUGGAAUUGAUAGUAAAUAGCAAAUACACUUUAUUUAUAGUAUAAUUAUAUAUGUUCAUAGUAUACAAACAGAAAACAAAAAAUAACGGACUUCGGAAAAAGGUUUGGAGGGCUAAAAAAAAUUGUCCUAUCCCCAAGUUCUCCAGUCAUAAAAUCUUUUACAAAAAUUCAUCCUACAACAGUUUACAUACUUUCAAUUACGCUCUAAAUGCCCGCGAUUUCGCGGAUGUGUUCUAGUGUUAUUAACCCGAGAAAGAGCAUCUUAAUAUAUUUUCAAUUCUUUUGUAACGAAACUUAAAUAUUUUAAACCGUCUCCUGGUAGGGUGCUCGCCACGAGUGCGGGCACUUAUUGUGAAUUCAAUCCACAUCCGUGUCAAACCAUAUACUUGAAAAUAUGUAUAUGCUGCUUUUCCGCUAGGUAUUCACAGGAGAAUAAUCGUAGAAACUCGGAUUCAAAUAAUGUGUCGGGGUACUAUGAUGGCAUGUCUUCGAAUUCCUGCGAAAUGUUACCUUGUGAACUAGCACGUCAAAAAAUCUAAGUCAGUGUAUCGGGUCUAGUACAAAACAGGGUUCAUAUCCAUAAAACUUUGAUAUGUUUUGUACUGAAAAUGCAUGUAAUAUUUGCCACUGGACGUUUAACACUAUUACAAAAUAAAUUGAAUUCUUCUUCAAAAGAGUAUUUAAAGAGAAACGGUUUACUUUCGAACUUAAAACACUUAUGUUCUGUUUGAAGUCAGACGAAAUGUCUUCUUCUGGGUAUUUUUUUUUUAAGAUGGAAUCCGGAUGGUUCUUUAUAAAGUAAAUUAUUUUUAUUUUACCAAACAAUAUAUGCAUAUCGUGUUUCUUUA